CACCCCAGGGUAUGAGAUGUAGUUUACAGGAAGAUGAGUGAGAGUGAGCUCCAGAAGGUUUCCUGGUGAACAGGAGAAGCUGGUGGAGUCACUCAGACUGAACCAGGCUAUAAAAGCUCCUGCUUCCCUCCUGCUGAAGCCACUUCUCUCUCUGAGCUUCCUCUGACCGAGACGUCAUUAUGAAGCUCCUCUUCACAGCUGCUUUUACACUGUUUGUGCUUUCGGCUCAGGUGGAUUCCUCCGCUUAUGAUAAAAUAGUGGCCCACAGCCGCAUACGGGCAAAGAAAGAAGGCCCAAAUAUGUGUGCACUCCAGCGUGUGGAGGGAAGCAAGAAGAAGUACUUCAGUACUUGUCGUAAUUGGUACCAAGGAUCCAUCUGUGGAAAGAAAGCCAAGGUCCUGUAUGAGUGCUGCCCAGGAUAUACGACCAUGCCGGGUCAGCGUGGCUGUCCUGCUGUCGCUCCCAUUGAUAACGUGUACGGCACCCUUGGUCUGGUGAAUGCAAUCAGCACCCAGCAGUACUCAGACAUGUCCAAACUGAGAGAAGAGAUUGAGGGACCUGGAUCGUUCACCUUCUUUGCCCCUAGCAAUGAAGCUUGGGAUCUCCUGGAUCCGGAAGUGAGAGGUGCUUUAGUGAGCAAUGUAAACAUUGAACUGUACAAUGCUCUGCAUUACCACAUGGCCAACAGACGCUUCCUCACCAAAGACCUGAAGAAUGGACUGACCCUCAAAUCCAUGUACAGUGACCUGCCCUUGCUCAUUAACCAUUACUCCAAUGGGGUUGUUACAGUCAACUGUGCCAGGCUCAUUCAUGCCAACCAGGUGGCCACUAAUGGGGUGGUACAUGUCAUUGACCGUGUUAUCACUGCUGUGGGUAACACCAUUCAGGAUGUGAUCGACAUCGAGGAGGACCUGUCUUCACUGAGUACUGUAGCUACUGCCUCUGGACUGAUGGAUAAGUUGGGCAAGCCAGGCCACUUCACACUGUUUGCACCCACCAACGAUGCCUUCUCUAAGCUGGACAGAGACGUGAUGGAAAGACUUAUGGGUAACAAAGGUGCCCUUCAAGCCCUGCUAAACUUCCACCUGCUGGACUCUGUCCAGUGCUCUGAGGCCAUCAUGAGCGGCACCUCGUAUGAGACUUUGGAGGGAUCCAACAUUGAAAUUGGCUGCGAUGGAGACAGUCUCACCGUUAACGGCAUCAAGAUGGUGCUGAAGAAGGAUAUUGUCACCACUAACGGUGUCAUUCAUUUCAUUGACAAGGUGCUCAUGCCAGACUCAGCUAAGCAGGUGAUGGAGCUUGUCGGUCCCUCCCAGGCUACUUUCAGUGACAUGGUGGCAGAACUGGGUCUUUCAGCAUCCAUGAGACCAAAGCUCGAGUACACACUGCUGGCUCCCAAUAACGACGCCUUCACCGAUGAGGUCAUGAGCAUGGACCAGAGUGAGCUGAAAAUUAUCCUGGAAAACCACAUCCUGAAGAACAAGAUUGUGCUGAGUCAGCUAUUUAAUGGACAGCGUCUGGAGACUCUGGGAGGAAAAUUCCUCCGGGUGUUCAUCUACCGCACGGCCGCCUGCAUUGAGAGCGCCUGCUUAGUCCGUGGAAGCAAAGUAGGAAACAAUGGAGCCCUCCACCUCAUGAAGACCCUGAUCAAACCUGCUGACUCCACCAUGUUCAAACUGCUGAAAGAACACGGAGGCUUCAAGAUCUUUUUGUCUCUGAUGGAGGCGGCAGGUCUGACUGAUCUGCUGAAGCAGGAGGGAGAUUUCACCCUGUUUGCCCCAUCUGAUGAGGCUCUGGCUGGACUCAGCGAGAGAGACAUCACCCUUCUGAAGAGUGAUCCCAAUGCUCUUAAAGCCAUCCUGCUCUAUCACUUCAGCAAGGGCGUCAUCAUCGGAGGAGGUUUAGAAAGCGGUGUCACUAAUCUGCUUAAAUCUCUACAGGGUGGCUACCUCAAAGUCAUGUUUGCUAAUGACGGAAUGAAGGUGAAUUCGGUGCAGGUCCCCAAGUCUGAUCUCAUGGCUUCAAAUGGUGUCAUUCACAUUGUUAAAAACCUUCUGUAUCCCGAGGAUAUUCCUGUUGGAAGCCAGGAACUGCUCACUCUGCUGAAGAGGAUUAUCAAGUACAUCGAGAUUAAGUUCAAAUCUGGAUACAGAUUCCAAGAGAUCCCUCUGACAUUCAUGAAAAGAAUCAUCACAGUUCCUGAAACUAAAGUGACCCGAGUUAUUGAAGGUCAGCCCACUAUUACCAAGGUCACACGUGUUAUUGAGGGACAGCCAAGCAUCACCAAGGUCACAAGAGUCAUUGAAGGUCAACCGAGCAUCACCAAGGUCACAAGAGUCAUUGAAGGUCAACCGAGCAUCACCAAAGUCACAAGAGUCAUUGAGGGUGAACCGAGCAUCACCAAGGUCACAAGAGUCAUUGAGGGUGAACCGAGCAUUACCAAGGUCACACGAGUCAUAGAAGGCCCUCAAACAGAGUUCAUUGAUUUGGACUCAGACACUCAGUUUUUUACUGAAACUAUUCAAGGAGGAAGACCAGCACCAGUAAGGCGUAUUCCAACUGGAAUUAGGAGAAGAACCAGGAUGACAAGCCACGCCAGGACUCAGUGAAAGAGAAUACUGAACUGACCCUACAUCCUAUAAAAAGAAUCAGGUUUUUUUUUAAGUGACCUCCCAUCAUAAGACAGUUUGGUUUAAAUCAAACAGAGACUAAUGCAAUAAUGAUAAUCAGUGUUUGUUGUCGCUAUCAGAGAUUUAAUCAUUUUUGUUGAAAUAUAAAAGGUAUUACAAACAAGGGUCUUACAUUUUCCCUGUGUAUGUAAAUAUUUUUAAGCAUUUGUUGUGUAGGGUUAAAUUUGAAACUACAGACUGUUGGUAAAAAUCUUCAUGAUUUUGUGACAAAUUUGAAAAGACAGUAAAAUUACAGACAUCUGUAUUUUAUCUGAACACUUUAUAAAAGGAGCAUUUGUCUGAACCAGCAUUUUUGCCAACAGAUCUGUUUCGGAGAUUUCUUUUUCUUUAAAGUGUUUUGAGUUUGUGUGUUUUUUAUAUAACAGUUGCAUAUCAUUAAGAAACCCCUUAAACCAUGUGGAAUAUGAACCCAGGAUUUGUUAGGCUGAGGCUUAUUUUUGCAUGGCCAAAGAUUUUAUGGUGCUCAUGUUUAGUAUUUCUCUUCCAUUAAAGAAUAAAAUUUUGCAAGAUUUUGAUAUAAAA